AUGAUGGGUACAUUAUGGCUGGUGCUAUUCGUGGCCCUGACCGGCGCACAUUUUGGAUACGGAUUACCCGUAGGAUCGACACCGCAGACCUACCUUCACGAUGCAAAUUCACCAUCAGUACUGGAGAGCUGGGGCUCUGGUGGCGGAGUGUAUGCUGCAGUGCCGGCACUGGCCCUGAUGCUGACUGCCGUUGGGCUGAUCUUUGGAUGCACCUGGUGUUACAGGCAUAAAGACUGCAAGCAACCAAACGCAGGAGCAGACAAUCAGUUAUUCGCAGCGAGCGCCACACACCUACACGAUGUGCGUCUCUCCCACCCGCCGGACUCCGGAUUCUCGGAGCCCGUCAACAACAAUAUCAGCGAGGACAACAACAAUGGCCCGAUAUCGCUACGUGAAAUGCAGAACAUCGCGAACAACAAUGCUACAGCAUACAUAGUCAGCGAGAAUGAGGAACGGAAUAGGGUCAGCCGGGAGUCGGUCGUCGAAUUUGAACCUCUUCCUAACGGGAUUGGAGUUGGAAAUCCUUUGGACCACCGGGCAGAUUGGUUUGGUGGUGAAGACUUUCCGAGAAAUAAUUUGCAAUAUCUUCGAGAAAUCGGUCGAGGAUGGUUUGGCAGGGUGGUAGAGGGUGAAAUAGAAGAGGCCGGUUCAACGUCAACGGUGGCUGUGAAGAUAUUAAACCAAAACGCCUCCGUUGAGGACAAGGCGCGCUUCCUGGAUGAGGCGCGGCUGUACAGAGACGCGAGGCACGAGAAUAUUCUCACAUUGCUGACCAAAUGCUUGCAGGAAGAGCCCUGGAUAUUGAUAUUCGAGUUAUGUCCUAUGGAUCUUCAGCAAUAUUUAACAGUUAACCGUCCCAAAAUGGCGAUAUUAAACGAGAGCGGUGUACCACUACGGCUUAUGUGCGAUGUCUCGUCGGCACUGGCAUAUCUACACACAAGGGGUUACUUGUACGGGAACGUGAGCUGUGAUACAGUGCUUGUGCGACAAGCUGGGGAUGAAUCUACGUCCGCUCGUGCUGUGUUGGGUCACUACAACACUGACGCGACGCCACCGCCUCAUCUACCGCACACGGCUAGUAGCGAGGUGCGUGCGAUGGGCGGCCUGGUGUGGAGCGUGUGCACGUGGGGCGCGCCACCCCCGGAGCACCCGCAGCCGCCGCCUCCUCCGGAUCUGCCCUGCCCCUACAGAAAUCACCUAUACCAAGUGAUGCAACUCUGUUGGAAUCCCGACCCCGAAGCUCGACCGACCUGUGCCCAAGUUUACGCACUGAUCAACCACUUAUAUGUUGCGCACACGCGAUCGAGCUCCGCUUCUGCUGACGAUGGUUAUGGUAGCAGCGACUUCGAAGAGCGCUGGCAGAGACUCAAACCUAACUCCAUACCUGUUAUAGACGAGCACGUCGCCAUAGUGCACGCUCCGUCCACUUCUAUGGCGUCUCAUUUCACUGGCUCAGAUCAAGACUUUGAUAACACUCCCACAGUCCACGAAUCGCUUAGUGUCGACAUGGAUACUGCCGUCUCCAGAUCUAGCAGCAUUAUGUCCGACAAAGACCCACUCUCAAUACAAAUCAAAUCGGAAAGCCUCACCAAUCUCCACGGUUCUUUAGAAGAUGUACGCAACAUCUACCUCACUCACAAUGAAAUGGCCGUCUUAGAAUGUCAUCAAGGCAACAUUAUUCUCGAUGACAGCAGGGAUAAGGAUCACGAUAACUCUGAUAGUUCCGUCGACCCGUGGCUCAAGGAUAUCAUUGCUGGCAGUCAGGAUGAUGUCAGCUAUUAUAAAGAUGUCAGUGAUGUUAUUAAGAAUCUCGACAAUAUUCUCAAUUCUGAAAAGACUUCAAGCUCCGAAUCAAGUCAUCAAGCUAGUCCAUCCAGAGAUAAUCUGAGUUUAGACUGUAAAACAGACUAUCCAAUGCAAUCUAGUAUGGUCAAAUCCCCUGGUAUUAGUAAUUUUCAGAAUAUACUAGUAACUGGUUUUGAUAAUACGUCUGAUAGUGAGCCAUGUGAGGAAGACGAUAUUGAUCGUGAUACAAUUGGUACAUUGAGUCAUUCUUUUGAACGCCAUAGUGACACGACCAGUCAGCAUACCUUAGAAAAUAUUACACCCAUUACUCCAAUAAAAGAUAUAGCCGUUAUAUGUGAAAUCGAGAAUAAAAAUGGAAUUGUGGCAAUGGAAAAACAUGAUCCUCUCGAAGUAGCUUUCAAUGAGGAAACCAAAUUACUCUUAAAUACUGUUUCGCCAAUAGAAAAUGUAGAUAAUAAAGCUAGUAAAGUACCCAAGUUAAAUGAAUUAUGUAUAGCCUCAAUGCCUAGUGUAAGUGAAAUAAAUAUUGAACAAUUGAAUGUAAGAAAAGACUGUGAAAGAUCUUGUGAUAAUAAGCUAACUGAAGAAAGGACUGAUAACGAAAUCGAUACUAAGUCAAUAAAAGAUACAGAUGAAUUAAAUGCAAAUGCUAUUGAAAAUAAAGAAAUAGCAAUCAUAGAAUAUGAUGAACAAUCAAAAUUAUAUAAUGUACAAGAUGAACUCUUGCCAGAAGUAACAACUGAGAGACAUCCUAUAGAGAACAGUCAAGAUUCGUUGACUAUUGAAACUGUAACAAGUGAUUUGAAACAACCAUUUGAUUUGUCUAAUAGUGUUCUCACUAAACAUGAAGAUAAAAGUAAUGAUCUCAUCUCCCCGGUACAAAAUACAAUUAAAAACACAAAAAAUGAAACAAUUUGCCAAGAAGACACAGUAGAACCGGAUGAAUCAGAACUUAUUGAAAAUUUAAAUGUAAUUACAACUCCUAAUGCACCUGAGUUAGUACAAAAUAUUAACAAUAGUGAAAAUCAAACUUAUAAUAUUUGGGCUACGGAAGAAGAUGUUAGUACAGUACAACCCAUAAGUAUUCAUGAGAAUACAACCACAACGCCAUUUACGCUACCUGAUACAGUACAAAAUUAUAUUAAUGAAACAUUUGUAAUGGAUGCAGAAAAUGCAGAUGUUCCUAAUGAAACAAAGAAUUCAAUUACACCAAAGCUUGUAAAUACGCCAAUUAGAUCUGAACAAAAUGAAAUAGUAAAUAAGACUUUACCAGAACAGUACAGCGAUAGUACUGUAUAUAUGGAUCUCAUUAAUAAUACAAAUAGUGAAAUAAUGGAGAAUGAUACAAUGGAUAGUAAUGUAAAAGAAGUAAUUAACUCGUGUCUACCUUUAUCAAAUGAAACAUCUUGCUCUUUAGCUAAAUACGAUUCAACAGAAUAUUUAGAUUUACCCAGUAUAAUAAAGCAGACAGAUAAUUUUUUGCAUUCUGAAAAAAUAAUUUGUAGUCAAGAUGUAGAAUUUAGAAAUGUUAUUGUCUCCAGCACACCUAUGGGUAGCGAUAAAACCACAGAUGAUACUUUAGAAUGCUCUAUUAAUGAAAACAACGCCGAAAUGCUAUCAGAAACGAAAAUGCCAGAUUAUGGUGUAGGUGUAACGUUUACGAAACUGGAACAGAUAUGUGUCCCAGAUAGCAUUAGUCCAUUCGAAUCGCCGACUAAAAGUCACCAUACCGACACAUAUGAUGAAAAUAGUUCUGUUGUAUUGGGACCCUUUGAGAACUGCACAAUCGAGUUAUUCAAAGGUAUAAAAUCUAUUGAUUUAAUAGACUUACCCAAGGAAGAACUGUUAGCUUUCUCGUCAAACUUUAGCGAAAUAAAUCUCGAAACUCCGUCACCAUUGCGUGAUGGUAACUUUCUAAACGAAGUGCCAGACAUCGUCCCAGACGACACACAAUUUGAUGAUCUAGUAACCAUAAGCGAACCGCAUUCCGAAAAAGAGCUACCGUCUGAAGUGAAUACAGUGGAAUCGGAGGUGCAAUCUGUCACAGAGAAACGUGCAUCACCAUCCACACCACCAAAUUCGCCCGGUAAUUUUCUAGCGUCAACGUCGCAGCAGAAAUAUUUAGUAGAUAUAGAUCUGAAUCAGACUGCAGAGCAUGCAGCCGAAACGGAUUCGGGCCUCAGUUCUCUACAAAAAGAGAUUGAAAUGAAUCAGAUUGAGUUGCAGAUUACUUCAAAGUUAGCAAUGGCGGAAAACGAGAACAAUCUGAAUAUUGAAUAUUCAGGUCCACUUACUGUGGAAGGUCUCGUGUCUGAAGAUUCUCACUUGAUACGUGACAGUGAUGAAAUACCUGAAUCUUAUUUAGCAGGUAAUGGAGGCACUAUAGAAGACUUCAGAGAAAGUCUCACGCUAGACGAGGAAUGUGUGAAGGCGCUAAGAAAUGAACUGGAAUUGAAGUUACCUUUGGCGCAGGUGUCUGGUAUCGAGCCGGCCGCCUCGAGUGCGGGCGAGUGGCAGCCGCCGCCGCCGCCCGAGCUGGUGCUGGCGUACCCGGGGGCCCUCAGCCCUAUCGCAGAGGAGACGGGCCUACAGCUCACCGCCUACGAGAAUGACGUCAACUGGACGGUGUCAGCGGCGUCGUCGUCGGAGAGCUACCCGGAGCCGUGCAACAACUGGACGGAGGACGAGGACGCCACGCGCUGCAGCCCGCGCGACCUCUCCCGCAGCGCCACCUACACGCUGCCCAGCGCAGACCCGCACCGCACCUACACGCUACAAAAAGACCUCACCACCAGCAAAGAAAUAACAAUGAGUGCGGACAGCUUGAACGCCAGCCCUCAAAAAAUACCUGCAACAGAAAUUCAAUCACCAAUCAACGAUAGGACUUACACUAAGAAUGAAGAAGGAAACGAGUCCAAUUGCGAGAGGAUUUCGCAAGUCUCUCCGUUUUUAGUGAGCCCUACUACUGAUACAUCAGCUCCCGACACGACCGAUAACGCCGACAACGGGACCGGUGCUUCAACUUUAUCUCGAACAACAGUACCUACAGACGCUAAAAUAUCAAAGCCGUUUGACACUCAAUGCUUAUCAAAAGCGACCAGCAUGGAUUCUUGGUGCUCAAACGAUACUUUAUAUAACGUUGAGGAAAACUUCGACGAUCUAGCAAUGGACUCAGACAUUCCCGUAGAAUAUGAGCCUGAGAAGGAAGAACACAGUGAAAGUAGCAGCACAUUAACUCACAAUGAUGAUGAAAAAGAAUUGAGCCACUGCUCAACUUACAUAGUCCAUGAUAGCAAAUCAGAGGCCUGUGAAUCAUUUUCACCCGACUCAAUUACCGCUAACGAUAACUAUACGUACACAAAAGCCAAGACAGAAACGACGGCUGCAACUCCAUCCAACUUUACAAAAUCUGAAGUGGAUUCUACAAAGAAUUCUCAAACAAAAGAAGACCUGGCUUAUGGCACAUUGAUGUCUGGUUUACCGUCGUAUUCAAACUGUACAACAGAAGUCCUAUCAGGUGUUGAUGAUGUUUGGAAAUUACAUCAACCAGAGCUGGUGAGAAGAUCACCUAUGAAUAAUGAUGUUCAUUUCACACCACCUAGAGUUACGGAAGACACAGUAUGUAGUGAAACUAGUCCUCAAUUAACCACACAUCCUGAAAUUAAGAAAAUGGAUAGUGUAGAAAUUUCUUGUUUACAUGACGAACUGCUAGAUAGUCAUAAUAGAUCUGAAAAUAUUGAGAACCAAGUGUCGGUAGAUAAAAUAAACGAUAGUCCGAACUCUAACUACAAAGAUAUGGCCCCCUCAGUCACUAGUACACCUAUGACGGGACAAGUUGGGAAUGAAGAAGUCGAGGGUAUACCCAUGAAGUUGCCAGAAAUUCAACUGAGUACUCCAGAAAUGAACAUACCAAAUUUCCAAAUGUUCUUACAAUCUGCAGAAAUAAGACCUCAAGAUAUGUCUUCUAGUGGAAGUAAUGAUUGUACGCCUAAUGUGGAUACAGGCAUAAUGUUAGAAGGCGAUAGUAAAACUUUAAGCAGAAACAGUAAUAAAGAUAGUGUGGCAAAUGCAGAACGCACACCAUCGUACUCAGAUUUUGAAAACUCCGCUUUGUGCAAACCUCAAGAUAUGCAAUGGAGAGAAAACUCUAGUCAAAGUAUGGAAAGUGGAAUUACUUCAGAGGAAUUUAGACAGUUUGAGGACUCUGUUAGACAGAGACCGCAAGAUAUUUCGUCUGUAAUAGAGUCUAGUUCUUUAUUCUUGAAAAGUGAGAGGAAAUCCAGUGAACUCGGAGGAGGUUGUCUGAAGAAAACGGAACUUGAUCAGACUAGUCAAUCUGGACAAUUUUGCAAUAACGAACCAAUUCAAUGUGUAGCUGUUAGUCCGCCUAAUAAUGUGAAUUUAAUAGAAUCUCAUGUCAAUGUACCCGUUAAUAAUUUUUUACUAGAUUUUACUGAAGAAGAAACAGAUCAGCCUCAUUCAAUAAUCAUUACUGAGAGUCCUAAAGAGAUAGCGAAAGAUAGUCUAAAUGGUACUUAUGAUUCUCAUGCUGCAGUAAUGCUUCUAGAUCUUAACGAUACCUAUGAUUCUCAUGAAAAUAGUAGUCACCGGAAUGAAAUUAACAUUGGAAGUACAAAUGAAGUUUUAGAAAAGCCUAUAGUAAAUGGAGUUAUUGAAAAUGUUUUCACUAAAAUAAAUGAUCCUGAUUCAUUGGAUGAUACUCUGGAUGCGGUACAGGAAAAUCAUAAAUUACACGAUGCUGUUAUUGAAAAUGUAAGCCAAGUUAAUGACAAAAAGCCCUCCGAAACCGAAAAUAUAGAUGAAGUAAAAGAAAUUGUCGAGUGUUUACCAGCUGUAAUUAAUGUCUCAGACAGCAAAAGUGUCCUAAACAGAUCAUUUUCAAAUGAAGAAGAUAACAAUAUGAAUGAAAUAAAGUGCAACGGGAGUAGCGAGAACUACGCCACUGUUCAGUUUCUAAAUGAACCAUUUGAAGAACUUAUGGAGAGCAAUGUCGAUGAGGACACUAAAGAUUUUUGUGAAAAUGACAAAUGUGAUCAAGUAUCUAGUCAAGAUCAAUCUGAGCUUAAAAGUGAAAAUAUAGAAUCUAUUACUGAAAAUAAUAAACUUAUAAAUAAUUCCAAGUCGAAACUAUCUGAAAAUGUGGAUGAAUAUUUACAUGAGGGUGAUGAAGUAAACACGAAUGGUGUGGAUGACAAAUUAACAUCUGUAACUGAGAAUUUCUUGGUAAACGAGAAGAAAUUCUGUCAGUUUGAUUCUUAUUUCCCACUAUUGAGUGAUAUCAGGUUCACUGGUCCAGCCGAAGAAAUAAUGAGUACGCCAUUUAACCAAGAAUCCCCAACCGAACCGACGUCCCCUGAGUGCGAACAAGACAGCAAACCGGAUGCCGCUGUAGACAUACUGAAAGAGUGGGACAGUGAUAGCGAUACGCAUUCUAGCAACUCCUCCAGCGGCGAAUUCAUUUGGAAGGAUGGUGACGGCCACGAGACCUCGGUCGUACCGUCCACGCACUUCGACCAUCAACGAGGCAACAAUACCGAAUCGGGCAACGCACAAGCGGAAGACAAAGCGUUUUCUGACGCUCCAUCGGAGGCUUCCGGAGACUCCGGGUCAGGCUCGGAGGGUGAUGAAGUGGAGUUUGUGCCGUCUUCGUGGGACUGCCGCGCUGCACCCUCGAAGUCUUCACUGCGCAGUUUUGAACAAGCUACACCGGAGCACAAGAAGCGCGUGGUAUUCAAACGGCAGAAGUAUCACUGCGUGUACGAAUAUCCACGCGAAGUGGCCGAAUUAGAUACUCAGUCGCCCGCUGCUUACAUGCCGGACUUCUCUACCUACACAGACUGGGACCCCAGCAGUGCAGAAGAGGCGGAGUUAGGCUACGGUCAACUCUUUGGAGCUCCGAAUGCGCUAGACUUGUAUCCACUGCGGGGUGGUAUUGCAUUCGGUGCCGAUUACGACGAGGAUUUCUUCAUAUCGUCUUCGGCUCGGCCAUUCGAGAGUCUGGGCAUAAUGACAACAACGAGCCAGUUUUUCCCCGGCAUGCACAUGAAGCCGGCGCUACUCGACCGCGAGCUGGACGACGUCGACGACUUCCCACCGCCGCCGUCGCCGCUGCCCACCGCUACCACCACGGCCCACACCACCACACUUGUCCACACCAGGACACCUUCACUAGACUUCACAACACCAGACUCGGGAGUUGAAGAUAUCACUCCAGGGUCUACAACUACCGAAGAAGACUACAAAACCAAGAAAUUGCCGGAAACCGACCUCGGUCAGUGCUGGCGGGUGGUCGACAGUGGGAGCUCCAGUGAAUCGGUCAGUCCGAGCUCACCGGGCGGCGAGGCUCUAGGUGGUCUGAGACACACGAGGGAUAAACUGAAGCUCGACCUGCCUCCGAGUCCGCACUUGCCAUCGCCGAGACAUAACAGGGUUUUCAACUUUAUGCUAGACAAGCCGAAACGACACAAGGUCCAAGACGAGAGGCCGAGCGAGGUCAGUAGUACGCCGCUGGUGAUGAGCGAUGAAACACCGAUCGUUAGUACCUCGCUACCGCUACCGAAGGAAAGCGACGAUCUGCCACUACCAGAACCCACCUUCUCCACAUUCGGUAAGUGCGUUCAGAAAGUCGAUCCCGAACAAAAGGGUAUCAUACUCACAGAAGACGUUCACGCUGAAGAGAACAGUGAGAACAAAGUAGAAAGUCCAAAAGUGGUGGAAGCAGUCAAAGGUGAGGGUACGGUACUGGAUAGCGGCGACGAGGACUCCGGUAUAGAGAGCAGCUCUAAGGCUACUCUAGAACGGAACAAAACGACUCCGAACAUCUCCUAAUUAUAGAAAAUGUUAACAGUAGUGGUAUUGUUAUUGUAUAAAUAGGAUUAUCUCUAUAUUAAAAUAGUCACCGCCCUCGGAAUUUGUGGUAACGGACUAAAGCAAAACCUACGAAGUCCUCAAUACUGUACUGGUUACUUGUAUGAAGGGGACUCUUUAGAAAUGUUUUGUAAUUAUUAUACUCUUCACUCAUAUUACAUAAGAUUUUGAAUGUGAUUAAUUUAUAAUUGUACUAUAUAAGGUGUUUUCAAAAUAUCUGCUUUUGAAAUAGUACUUAUUAGAUAUGUAGGUUACGAUAAUGAUACGAUGUCUUGUACUGAAUGGCUAUAAUUUUUACAUUUCUAUAUUAAACAUGGUUUUAGACCUAUUUAAAUAGAAUCUAAAAUGUCAUUGUCACUGAUGUUGUUAUAUUUUAUUAUAAAAAAUCCGCCCGAUGUCGACGAUGAAAUACCCCUUGGGAGAAGCGACAAUUAAACAAUGGAUGACGCGCGUUAAAAAAAUUACAUUCAGUACUUAAAAUGUCAUCAACAUUGUAAAAUACAUAAACAGUGCUAUGAAAUUUUGGAAACAUCCUGUAUACAUUAUGUAAUUUCUUAAGCUAAAGUUAUGACGUAAUUCCGGGCGGUGUAACAGCAUGUCGAGCAAGCAAUUGAAUAGACGUAUAGUAGCUUGUGACUUUUCGUCCGGUGAAGCUGUAAAGGCCAGCCGCGGCCAACAGCAUUAGAGUAGUCCGAAAAAAAGAAAAAUUGGGACAUGCUGUAAAUAAUGCCAUUACAAUAGCCAAGAUUUAGUAUUACCAAACCUUUAUUUAGAUAUGUUUAAGUUUAAUAUCUCUUAACAAUUAGUAAGUGGUCAAACUCUUUUAUAUAAAACUACAAAAAAUAUAUGCGUAUAAAUACAAAGAACUUUUUUUACGUAAAUUAAAUAUAUAAAUAUCAAAUCAGAUCAUUCUAGGCCACCUACGUUUUUAAACGAAAAUCAAAGUGUUAAA